AUGGCGGAUUUACUCCGCGAGGAGACUCUCGACGACCUCGAUCCUCUCCGCCAUCUCCGCGGCAGCGCAGACGCAGACGACGCAGACGACGCCGACCUCGUCCCCGCCCAGCCGCCGUCCAUUCUCGAUCAGACGAUCGAGCUCACAUUCCCCUCCGACGCGUCCGAGACCGUCUCCAUCACGCUCGCCGUCUCCGCGUCGCCCGGCUGCGGGGGCAUCGCAUGGCCUGCAGGAGAGGUCCUCUCGCGCUACAUCGCCCGCAGGGGCCCCGCAUACUUCAAGGACAAGACCGUCCUCGAGCUCGGCAGCGGCACCGGGCUCGUCGGGCUCGUCGCGGCGAAGCUCGGCGCGCCCCGCGUCUGGCUCACCGACCAAGCCCCGCUCCUCGACACCAUGCGCCGCAACACCGCGCUGAACGGCCUCGCGCCGCCGGUGCGCGUCGCGGAGCUCAACUGGGGCGCGCCGCUCCCGCUCCUCCCGCGGCCGGACGUCGUCCUCGCGGCGGACUGCGUGUACUUCGAGCCCGCGUUCCCGCUGCUCGUGCACACGCUCGCGGCGCUGGUUCCGCGGGGCAGCCCCAGCCCGGACCCCGACCCCGACGUGCUCUUCUGCUACAAGAAACGGCGCAAGGCGGACCGGCGGUUCUUCGCGCUGCUCAGGAAGGAGUUCACCUGGACGGAGGUGCUGGACGACCCCGACCGCGACGUCUACGCGCGCGAAGCGAUAUCUCUGCUCCGUCUGACCCGCAGACAAUAG